UUAAACCAGGGGAUGGGGGACUUGGGUUGGUAGCUUCUCUCCCCCACUCUCCUCAUUCGGUCUUCCCUCCUGGCGCUCCCAAAUCCAAAGGGGGUGUGAAGGAGGAGGAGGAGCAGAGCGGCCCUUUGCCGUGACGUGCCAGAAUGGUCCUUCUCUAAUUCGCACCUCCCGGUUGCAGUCAGUCAGCCAGGAGGCACUAAACUGUUAGCAACGAAGCCCAGGCUCUGGGUGACUUCCACUACCCUCCCACUUCCUUACUCCAGGCAUAUUUCGGAGGCGCUGGCGACGGUGACAAGAUGUGAGAGGAGCGCGGGGCUUACUCCCCGCACUCCGCUCCUUGAGGGCUGGGGCAAGUGGCUUCUGCGCACCGACCUGAGGACUACGGGAAGCGCUGAAGAGGCGCGGAAGGCAGGAGGGCGAGCGGGGGUUCAUGCGGGCUGCCUGCACCGCAGCCGGGCUGAGCCGGUGGCUCCGCUGCCUUCUAGAGCUUGCGUCCCCCACGAGCGGUGGUUGCGCCACCGGCUGAGGCACCCCGCGUCCUGGCGUCCCGUGAGGCGCGCACCGUUUGGUUUGGACGAGGUGCGGCUGGAAAGAGGCUGCACCAAAGCGAAGUCGCUCCGAAGAAUCUUGGAGGCGGGCACCUUCAAGAAUCCGGUCUCUGAGCUGAGAGGUGGUACCUGCCAUUCUAACUAAAGGGCCUAAUGAUCUAGGAACCCUCCUGUAUCCUGUUCCCUCUCAGGUUUCCCCCAAAGUCCACGGAAGCAUCACUGAACUCCAGGAAGCUUCCGAACUUCCCUGGCAUCCUCGUUGGCUAAGGACUGGGAGUGGAGAGAACCUGGUGGGAGACUGUGCCCGCGGCUUGGGAGACACAGUCUUCCAAACGCCUUCUUCAUCCCACUGUCAUUGGGCAGCUUUACUGACCACCCUGGAAACCUGCGCUCUUCUUUCUGGACUCCGCUCUCCAUCUCACCCUAGACAUGGAACUACACGCCUGAGACCUGCUGGACCUUACUGGUGGUUUUGCAAGACUCGGCUGCCAAAGAACGUGAACAAUGAAGCUGCCACUUCUUCUGGCCCUGGUGGUCUGUUCUGCAGUCAGUACAAAUUUGAAGAUGGUAUCAAAAAGAAAUUCUGUGGAUGGCUGCAUUGACUGGUCAGUGGAUCUCAAGACCUACAUGGCUUUGGCAGGCGAACCUGUCAGAGUGAAAUGUGCCCUUUUCUACAGUUACAUUCGCACCAAUUAUAGCAUGGCCCAGAGUACUGGGCUCAGACUCAUGUGGUACAAAAACAAAGGUGAUUUGGAAGAGCCUAUCAUCUUUUCGGAGGUCAGGAUGAGCAAAGAGGAAGAUUCAAUAUGGUUUCACUCAGCUGAGGCACAAGACAGUGGAUUCUACACUUGUGUUUUAAGAAACUCCACAUACUGCAUGAAGGUGUCAAUGUCCUUGACUGUUGCUGAGAAUGAAUCAGGCCUCUGCUACAAUAGCAGAAUCCGCUACUUAGAGAAAUCUGAAGUUACUAAAAGAAAGGAGAUCUCCUGCCCAGACAUGGAUGACUUUAAGAAGUCUGAUCAGGAACCUGAUGUUGUAUGGUACAAGGAAUGCAAGCCAAAAAUGUGGAGAAGCAUCAUAAUACAAAAAGGAAAUGCUCUUCUCAUUCAGGAAGUUCAAGAAGAAGAUGGUGGAAAUUACACAUGUGAACUUAAAUAUGAAGGAAAACUUGUAAGACGAACAACAGAACUGAAAGUUACAGCUUUGCUCACAGACAAGCCUCCCAAGCCAUUGUUCCCCAUGGAAAAUCAGCCAAGUGUUAUAGAUGUCCAGCUGGGUAAACCUCUGAACAUACCUUGCAAAGCAUUCUUUGGAUUCAGUGGAGAAUCUGGACCAAUGAUCUAUUGGAUGAAAGGCGAGAAGUUUAUUGAAGAACUGGCAGGUCACAUUAGAGAAGGUGAAAUAAGGCUCCUCAAAGAGCAUCUUGGAGAAAAAGAAGUUGAAUUGACACUCAUCUUUGACUCAGUGGUGGAAGCUGACUUGGCUAAUUAUACCUGCCAUGUGGAAAACAGAAAUGGACGGAAACACGCCAGUGUUCUACUACGUAAAAAGGAUUUAAUAUACAAAAUUGAGCUUGCGGGUGGCCUGGGAGCAAUCUUCCUCCUGCUUAUACUGCUGGUGGUGGUCUACAAAUGCUACAACAUAGAACUGAUGCUCUUCUACCGACAGCGUUUUGGAGGUGAUGAAACUACUGACGACAACAAAGAAUAUGAUGCCUAUCUCUCUUACACAAAAGUGGAUCAAGAUACUUUGGACUGUGACAAUACUGAGGAAGAGCAGUUUGCUCUUGAAAUACUGCCAGAUGUCCUAGAAAAACACUAUGGAUAUAAACUCUUUAUCCCAGAAAGAGAUCUGAUUCCAAGUGGAACAUACAUUGAAGAUCUCACAAGAUGUGUUGAACAAAGCAGAAGACUUAUUAUCGUGCUAACUCCAGACUAUAUUCUCAGACGGGGAUGGAGUAUUUUCGAACUGGAAAGCAGACUCCAUAACAUGCUAGUCAGUGGAGAAAUCAAAGUGAUUUUAAUUGAGUGUACAGAAUUAAAAGGGAAGGUGAAUUGCCAGGAAGUGGAAUCAUUAAAGCACAACAUCAAACUUCUAUCACUGAUCAAGUGGAAGGGACCCAAAAGCAGCAAAUUAAAUUCCAAGUUUUGGAAGCACUUAGUGUAUGAAAUGCCCAUCAAGAAAAAAGAAAUGCUAUCCCAUUGCCAUGUUCUAGACUCUGCAGAACAGGGGCUUUUUGGAGAACUUCAGCCUAUACCUUCAAUUGCCAUGACAAGUACAUCAGCCACAAUGGUGCCAUCGCAAGCUGAUCUCCCUGAUUUCCACCAUUCAGAUUCAAUGCAAAUGAGGCACUGUUGCAGAGGAUACAAACACGAGAUGCCAACCAACACCCUGUCAGUACCUUCCUUAGGCAACCACCACACUUACUGUAACUUGCCACUGACACUCCUCAACGGACAACUACCACUUAAUAAUUCCCUGAAAGAGACUGAGGAAUUUUCAAGGAACAAUUCCCUACUGCCGUUAUCAUCCAAAGAGCUUAGCUUCACCAGUGAUAUUUGGUAGUGAGAAAAAAAAAUCUCAAUUCCUCUGAACAUCUACAUGAGAAUAUGGAAUUUCUGUUAUACUGAGCAUAAAUUACACCUAAAAACAUUGAGGUGCUGAAAAUGUGAAGAAAAAGGCACAAAAAUCAUGUUUAUACUUAAAUAUUUUUGUUUACACUUAUAGAGUAGUGGGGGAAUAGAAGGUCUUGCUUUUGUAGUAUGGCAUCUUGUGCCAAUGUACAGUUUUGAUUUUUUUCCUAAAAAGAAAAAAAUUGAAUUGUGUCCUUUUCAAGGAAGUUUUAUGGCACCACAAGGACUGCCCAUAUUUAAGAAUUCAGCAUUUAAACAUAUUUUUCAAAAAAAAAAAAAGGAAAUCCUAGAGACUCAAUGAACUUGAAAAUUAUGAGUGAAUGUUUAAGUGAAAGGAGAACUUUUAUAGAAUAACAGAAAACAGUUGGGAAUUACAAAGGAAAAAAAUUGAUACAGCUAAUUGGAAGACUGUUCAGGAAGAUCAGUUGAGAAAAUAGUAUGAUUGAAACAUUUACAUCUUCUUCAACAUAAUGGACAACUUCUGUAGACUAAACCAACAGCCUGUAAUAACAGCUUUUAGUUCUAUUAGACAAGCACAGCAACUGUAGCCACACUGGUAGGUAGGGAAACUAUGUGCAUUCCUUAAGCAAACGAAUAGACAACUCUAAGCUCUUUAAAGAUGAUUUUUAGUAAGCCUUAUGACUUUCUGGAUCAUUAAAAAACAUUUUACAACUUUGAAAAUGCAUCUUAAAGUGCGCAUUUUAUUGUUUUCUAAAACAUUCCUAUUUAAAUGUUUUCUUCCCAAACACUCUUGUGAUCCUCUCGAAGAUUUAUGUGAAGAUGUGGGCAUUGUCCUACUUGUUUUUCAGCCUCACUGCAAGUUGAACUUAAAUUCAUAUUGACUGCAAAUGUCUGCAGUUGGAAAGAAGUAAUGACACUAUUCAGAAAUGAAGUGCUAAGCGACUCGAGUUUACUAGUAAUAGAGCAGCAACUGCAGACUUUUCAUUGCAACGUAGUUGUGAAAUAGACUAUUCUGUACAUACAACGAGUCUGUUCCUGCAGAAGUAUCUGUAUUCCCAGUGCUUCAGAGAAUAUAUUUGAUAGACUAAACUUGUCUACUCUCAUGCAGUGACUGUGACUGUACCAUAUGAGAACGUCUUUGUCAAUAGCCUAUCUCCUAUUGGCUAUAAGAAAUGUACUCCUAUUCUAGCAUUUAUUAUGGAUUAUGACUUUCCAUCACUUACAAUUAGUUUGGUGUGCUCUCCAACUUGAUACCUGUGGGGGUCAAUUUCAUAACUGCUUAUCAAAGUUGAUUCAGAAAUUUUGCAAAUGGUUCUUACAUAAAGUUCUUGAACAAUUAUAAACAAGGACAAUGUACACAAUGUGUUAAAAUUAAGACUUUGUUUACCCCCUUGUGAUUGUGAGACCCCAAAGUAGAAGCAAACAUAAGAAAAUAUUCUUUGAUGAUCUGUCUCUAAUCUCUUUCCGUGGUUGGUUCCCUGUAAUCCAUCUAUUCUGUGAAAGUACCUGUUUCUCUAUUGCUUUUCUAUAUCUAACUGUUCAGAAAAUGCAUUAUGCACCAAACUGAGUGAAAUUUUCACAGUGAUACACGUUCAUUUCACAGGGAGACAAUUAAUUUCCCCUUUGAAAAGUCCUGUUCAAUAUAUGUAGGUAUUUCAUAGAUGUAUUUUUUUCCACCAAGAAUGGAAACUUCUGUUAAAACUAUAGGUAUUUCAAAAUGAAAAUGUAUCAAUUCUGAAGUGUUUUUCCAGUGUUAUAAAGUUGUAUUUACUCUGGGUGUUCCUUAAUGCUAUGUGUAAUGACUAAAUUAAUAAUUUGCAUGAAAUGAGUGCUACAUGUUUUAAGUGGACAAUUGUACUUUAUACUAUUUUAUUUUUCACAGAAAUCUAGAUUAAUUCAAAUAGAAUGUUCAGUCGUAUUUUUAAACUAAUAGUUCUGUAUUGAGCAUGCCAGUUCUGAAAAUAUAACAUGGGCCUCUCUGCUUCCUUUAUUUACAAUGAUUAAACGUGGGUAGCAAUUUGA